AGGGUCUGCUAGCUUAGCCCGGCCGGCUGCAGCUUGGUGGGACCGCAGCGCGCGCGCGGCUACUCUGGUCUCUCCUCCACAAGUUCGGGCCUGGGCCCCUGCUGCCAGCAUGGAUACUCGCCGCGUGCCGCAAAAGGGUCGCAGAGUAAAGAACUUCAAGAAAUUCAGCUAUGUGAAGUUGAUUUCCAUGGAAACCUUGUCAUCCUCUGAUGACAGUUGUGACAGCUUCGCUUCUGAUAAUUUUGCAAACACGAAACCUAAAUUCAGGUCAGAUAUCAGUGAAGAACUGGCAAAUGUUUUUUAUGAGGACUCUGAUAAUGAAUCUUUCUGCGGCUUUUCAGAAAGUGAGGUGCAAGAUGUAUUAGACCAUUGUGGAUUUUUACAGAAACCAAGGCCAGAUGUCACUAACGAACUGGCCAGUAUUUUUCACGCCGACUCUGACGAUGAAUCAUUUUGCGGUUUCUCAGAGAGUGAGAUACAAGAUGGAAUGAGGUCACAGUCAGACCCUGCAGGCUGUAGGACCCGCAGUCAGUGCAGGCGGUCUGGACCUCUCCGGGUGGCCAUGGCGUUUCCGACUCGAAGGACCAGGGGAACAGCCAGCAAAAGCGCAGCUGCCCCUGCACCUGCAGAGAAAUCUGUGACUGAUCCCAAUUCUGAUUCAGAAGAUGAAAGUGGCAUGAACUUUUUGGAGAAAAGGGCUUUAAAUAUAAAGCAAAACAAAGCAAUGCUUGCAAAACUGAUGUCGGAAUUAGAAAGUUUGCCGGGCUCGUUCCCUGGACGGCAUUCCUUCCCAGGCCCCAGUUCCCGGUCGAAGACACCCCGAAGGCGUACCUUCCCAGGUGUUACUCUUAGGAGAAACCCUGACCGGAGAGGGCGUCCUCUUACCAGGUCAAGGUCCCGGAUCCUUGGGUCCGUUAGCACCCUACCCACGGAGGAGGAGGAGGAGGAGGAGGAAGAGGAGGACAAGUACAUGUUGGUGAGAAAGAGGAAAACCAUGGACGGCUACAUGAACGAAGACGAUGUGCGUAGAGGUCGCCGCCCCGGAUCCAUGACCCUGCCGCACGUAAUUCGCCCGGUGGAAGAAAUUACCGAGGAGGAGCUGGACAACAUCUGCAACAAUUCUCGGGAGAAGAUAUACAGCCGCUCAUUGGGGUCUACUUGUCAUCAGUGCCGCCAGAAAACCAUUGAUACCAAAACGAACUGCAGAAACCCAGAGUGCUGGGGUGUCCGAGGCCAGUUCUGUGGUCCCUGCCUUCGAAACCGUUACGGAGAAGAGGUCAAGGAUGCUCUGCUGGACCCAAACUGGCACUGCCCUCCUUGUCGAAGAAUCUGCAACUGCAGUUUCUGCCGUCAGCGAGAUGGGCGGUGUGCGACUGGGGUCCUCGUGUACUUGGCCAAGUACCAUGGCUUUGGGAAUGUGCAUGCUUACCUGAAAAGUUUGAAGCACGAGUUUGAGAUGCAAGCAUGAUACCUAGAAGAUCUACUGCCUGCCUUCCACCACACCAGUCUUCCUUGUUCGAGUUUUCCAUUUUGUCCUGUGGUGGAAACCUGAGUUAAGAAUUCUGAUGAUCAGUCUGCUUUAUAGGAAACUCAAAUCCAGCUAAUCUCAUUAGAUGAGUUUCCAAGCAACCCAGAAGUCUAUUGCUAGCUACACUUUGCCCUCUUGCUGUUUCUCCUUUGCUUCUCCCUGCCCCUCAUCCCAAACUCUCUCCCUCUUUUUACAGGGGGGUCUCUCUCUCCAUCUAGUUUCUGAAUUCUUUUUAAAUGACAGUCUUGUGAAAUCAUGUUUGAUUUAAUUGGUGUUGAAACAGCCCUGGAAUUCACCUAUAAAACCAAGCACUUAGAGACACAGUAGUGGUGUUACUAAAGACAUCUACUGAGACCAGCCCUCUAACUGGUCUCUACAAAAACAGCAGGCACAGUUGUCACACUAGUUGACAUUUUUAACAGAAUCGAGGUGGAAAGGUCUUAAGGCAUGUGGAAAGAUGAGGUAAUUGUUGGAAAGGGGGGCAUGUGGAUUUGGACACCUGUCGUGAGAAUAUUCCAUGUCUUGUGUUUAUUGCACAAGUUGUCGUUGCAGAGAUUUAGUUGCUGAUUUUUCCCACCAUGCAGUUGGGUGGUGCAUUGGGCUCCCACCGUGAUGACCCACAGGAUUGUGGGCAGCACAGGAUUGGCUGUCGUCAGAGAAGAGACAGUCGAGGGAGUCAGGAUGGCGAGGCUUCAGAUGUAGGCGGGUCUGAAUUCACGGUAUAAAACUUUGGUGUAAUGGUAGUUUGCCAAGUUUAUUUCCGUUCAUAAAUGUAAGGUAUUUAAAAUAAAUUCUUGAUCAUUUUGCAUGGAAAAUUGAUACCAAUAUUAACCUACAAUUUGCAGUUUUUGCUUUCUUGAAGAAAUAAGCUAGGCAGGCAUUCGUGUUCAGGUUUUAAGCACUUUUAGAACAAUGAGAAGUGCCUUUUUGGAGAUGGGUGACUUUCCGGUUUGUUAACUUGACAUCUCUGCCCCCUUAAGUUUCUGGGCAGAUUGUGUGUAUCGUCUCCCCCUCCCCCACCCUUUGCAUUAAUCACGAAAUGGCUAACGGUAGAGGUGGAGUCUUAGGUGUUUGUCCAUUUUCCCUUGCAUGUGCAUCCCGUUGCUGAUUCUGUUCAGUGUUAGAUGCAGGAUUGGACCUUGGAUCAAUAAAUGUAAAUAGAGCUUUUGAUCUGUAAUGCUUUUAUACAAAGUUUUUAUUUUGAUAAUAAAACCUUUUGUUCUA